AUGACUAGCAUCUUCCGGAAUCGAUACUCGGCCUACCGCGCUCUGCAUGACUCCAUUUCUGAGCAGGCCUGGAAGCAAAUGCGCACGGCAGGUCCCGACGCUUUCGACUCUUGUAAUUUGGCAUAUGUGGAGCUGGGAGCCAUCGUCUCCUGCUACUACAAUUCUCCCUAUGGCCUGGCUGAUAUCUCCUUGCAAUACAAAGUCGCCCGUAAGAUGAAGACGGACUACAAUAGCCGCUUCAUCUAUAUCUGGAUGGCUGGCUGCCUCUUGCAGCAUGCAGGCGCCGACCUCAAACGGCUGACACACUUUUGCGCGACACAGCUCCAGUUCAACCUCAUGACGCCGGUAGAAGGCAGACGCCGUCUUGAGUGCUUCAACUCUAGGAGACGUGUUCGACCAUACCGCUCCAAGAACAACACUCCUGGCCGCCGACUCGCCCAACUCUCCGAGAUCCUGACCGAACUACCCACUGUCACGGCCAGCGAGUUCGGCCAACUAUACAAGAACCACAAAGACGACGAACGGCUCCGCAUGCCCAUACAAAAUGAACCAAACCCGAUGGUGAUUCUGCAAAUCAGCGAACUUGUGCGCGACAGGCUUGUCCUACGGACGAAGCGCAAACGAGCGGUAGAAACGGAGUUUGCCAACAGCCGACGACUGUUAGAACAGAAAGACGCCGCACGACCGGCACGGGGCGACGCUUCAGACUCCGGUAAAACUAAGUCUGCUACGACGAAACAACAGCCCCGACCAGCUAUCUUGGAGAUACCCCCCCUACACUACUUCGAAACUCACAAGCGCCGGAUGGUUGAUAGUGCCAGUCGACGCCGCGAUGAAGUGCCCAACGAUGGUCUUGAAUCAUUGAACGCGCCGGGUAACCUGAGUGAUGACUCCCCUCUUGUGGGGAACCAGCGAGCACAAGACGUUAGUCAGGGGUUCGGGACCGUGUUCGAUGACGACAUUGAAUUGUUACUUCAUCGGGUGACGGUGGCCCAUCUGUAG